AUGAUUGAAGGUGUGGUGAACCUUGGUGAUAACUAUGAACCACUCAUUGUUGACUAUGGUGCUGAAUGCCUAACGUAUGAAGGAGGGGGUUUAAGUCAGACAAACUUCAGUGACAGUUCAGGGAGUGAAGGGACAUUGAGGGGUAAUUUGAAUUGCAUGAAAUGGGUUGGAGUUUUUGCAGGAGUGGGGCAAUAUAUUCCACAUGCCCAAGCUUUUAGGGAGGCUGUGUACAGGUUUAGUAUUGCACAGAAGUUUGCAACGACAUAUGUGAGAAACAGUAGGGAGAAGAUGAGUGUGAGGUGUAAAGUGGAAGGGUGUCCAUGGAAGAUUUGUGCAAAUGCUGUUGGGAGGGAUACUCUUUUAUUACGCGUGACCACAUUCGUUAAUGAACACAUUCAUUCAGCGCAAGAUAACCUAGAUGUCACUUUUGCUGGCAAUGCUGCGUUGACGUCAUCAAUAAUACUUGAGGAGAUAAGGAACCACACCAGAAAUAAGGAAGACACUGGAAAGGGAAUAUGGUUUGCUGAAUGGGCUUCCAUUGGUAAUACAUUUGAGUGGGUUUUCAUUGCAUAUGGUUCGUGUAUUGAGGGUUUUUUGAGUGGUGCAAGGGCUAUAUUAUAUGUUGAUGGAACUCAUUUAAGUGGUCCAUAUAAGGGGACACUACUCUCAGCGUCAGGAUAUGAUGCAGAUAAUGACUUGUUGCCUUUUGCAAUAGCAGUGGUGAAAUCAGAGAACCUUGAUGACUGGACUUGGUUUUUGUUCAAAAUUAAAGAAAUUGUUGGUUCGGUGCAGGUGACAAUUGUGUCAGACCGACACAAUGCCAUAAUAGGAGCUGUCCAAGCAAUAUUUGGAGGUGAAAGACAUGCGUAUUGUUAUAGGCAUGUGAAGGAAAACUUCAGCGCUGAACAAGUGAAAGUAAACAGAGAGCUGAGAACUAUGUCUCCUGAGUUACAUGAUUGGGUUAUCAAUCAAGGUGAUGUGAAUAGGUGGGCAAUGAGCAAGUUUCCAUUUAAAAGAUGGGACAAUAUAACAACCAAUAUAGCUGAGUCUUUCAAUUCUUGGAUGGUGAAGGAGAGAAAGCAUAAUGUGGUGCAAAUGAUCCAUGAGCAUCGGGAGAAAGUAGCAAGGAAGAUGCAUGCAUCAUAUAUGUGUAUGAGUAAGUGGAGGAAUUGUGUUGGGCCAAAAACCGAGGCAAAGGUUCUGGAGAAUGUGUAUUUCAGUAGGUAUAUGAGCUGUGACAAUUAUGGAGGUGGAAGACUGUGUGUACAUACAUCUCGUGGAGAUCAAAGAGUAGACCUUGGUCUACACCAAUGUAGUUGUCUUGGUUGGCAAAUGUCAGGAAUUCCAUGCUGCCAUGCUUGUGCAGCCAUUAAGACUGUGGGGGGAAAUGUAUAUGAAUAUGUUGAAGAUUGUUACAAAAUUUCAGCACAGGAGAAAAUAUAUGGCAGGAGCAUGGUUCCAGUGACUGCUUACUUGUUAUAUCAGCAAAUAGAGACUGCUUACUUGUUAUAUCAGCAAAUAGAGGUUGCUGUCAAACCACCUGUGCUUUGUGGUUAUUUGGCAUACUGA